UCAAAAUCCAGCGAGGAACUGGAACUGGUUUUGCCUUUGAAUCAUGAAAUCCCGUCCAAGUCCCAGCUGCAGCGACUUCGGAUCCGAAUCCUCGGAGCCGGAUUCGAAGGCUCCGGAGAAAUUCGAGUCCGCCACCCGGCGGCGGAUGGCGGCCAACGCCCGGGAGAGGAAGAGGAUGCAGGGGCUGAACACGGCCUUCGACCGCCUGCGGAAGGUGGUCCCGCAGUGGGGCCAGGACAAGAAACUGUCCAAGUAUGAAACCCUGCAAAUGGCUCUCAGCUACAUCGUGGCCCUCAACAGGAUCCUGACAGACACCCGGAGGCCCGCGGCCCCCCACCGGCAGUGGCUGGACCUGCAGCUGGAUGUCAUGCAACCGGAAAGUUACUCAUGCCUGAUGAGGUACGAGCAUCCGGCAGGACAGGAGUACGUCCAUUCGUCCUUUCCUUAUGAGUUCGACGGCCAUCACGUCCAUGCGUAACGCUACCGGCGCUGUGCGGAGGGGGCGCCAUAAAA